AUGGCGAGAGGAACAGCGCUGCUGGGAGCAUCGGCAGCUCUUGCCGCGGGGUAUCUGCUUGCGAGGCGCCUGCACCCCAACUACAGCCUGAACAAGCUGCUGAACGGCAACCUGAGGCUGUUCGGGGGCAGUGAUCGGCUCCUCCUCCGCACCCUGGCCUCCUCGUCCGACAGGCGAUACCUACUGCAGCACUGGCCCCGUCCAGGGACCAAGGACGCCGCCAAGCGCGACCUGGUGGCGGCGGCUGCGGGUGCGCAAGGCGAUGCUCCUGGCAGCCUGGAGCCCCUGCGCCAGGCGGUGCUCACCGCCCCCGUGGCCGAGCGCCGACCCCACCGCCUGGUGGCACACGGCGACGUGAGGGUGGACGACUACUACUGGCUGCGGGACGACGAUCGCAGCGACCCCAGAGUCCUGGCGCACCUCCAGGCGAGGCGUGCGCCGCGGGGGACGGGGGCGGAGACGGAGUACACCAAGGCGAUGCUGGCCGAUACGGAGGCGCUGCAGGAGGCGCUGACCGCCGAGAUGAGGGGCAGGAUCCAGGAGGCGGACGAGGGCGUGCCCACCAGGCCAACGGAUGCCCUGGACCCCAGCCAGCCGGAGGAGGUCCUGCUGGACGAGAAUGCCGAGGCCCGGGCGCACGCUUUCUACAUGGUUGGCGGCUUCGAGGUGUCCCCCAACCACGAGCUCCUGGCCUACGCCGUGGAUACCGUGGGCGGCGAGAAGUUCACGCUGCAUGUCAAGGACCUGAAGACGGGGCGGGAGCUGCUCACUGAGCCAGUGCAGGACACCGCCGGUAACUUUGUGUGGGCCAACGACAACGCCACGCUCUUCUACGUGACCAAGGACGCCCUGGACCGCCCAUACAAGGUUUGGCGCCACAGAGUGGGCACCCCCGCCGCCCUCGACGCCUGCGUGUUCCACGAGGCGGACGAGGCAUUCUAUGUGGGCGUGGGGCGCACGCGCGACGACCGCCACCUCCUCAUCUCCGCCGGCUCGGCGGUGACCAGCGACGUGCGCAUGCUCCCCGCCGACGACCCCACCGCCGACUGGCGCGCGGUGCUGCCGCGCGCGCACGAGACCGAGUACUCGGUCACCACGCGCGGCGGCGCGCUGUUCGUCACCCUGCGCGACGCCGCGCGGCCCAACUCGGAGGUGCUGGUCGCGCCCCUGGCCGACCCCGCUGCCCUUGCCGUGUUGGUCCCCCACCGCGACGACGUCAAGCUGGAGGGCAUCAGCCUGUCGGCGGGGCACCUGGUGUCCUUUGAGCGGCGGGAGGGCCUCCAGCAGGCCGUGGUGUAUCGCCUGCCGGAGGGCCUGGCGCCGCCCACGGCCGAGACCCUGGGGGCAGGCGAGCCCGUGACCCUGGACGAGCCGGCCUACGAGCUUGGGCCAGGGUCCCAGGGCGACUUCGACUCCCCCCUCCUCCGCCUGGUGUACAGCUCGCUCAAGACCCCCGCCACCACCAUGGACGUCAACCUGAAGACGGGGGCACGGGCAAUAAAGAAAGUGCAGCCUGUGCUGGGCGGCUUCGACCCCGCCCGCUACACGACCGAACGCCUGUGGGCCGCCGCGCCCGACGGCGUUCGCGUGCCCAUCUCCCUGGUCUACCGCGCCGACCUGGCGCGCCGCGACGGCUCCGACCCCUUCCUGCUGGACGGCUACGGCGCGUACGAGGUUUGCAACGACCCCGACUUCCGGUCGACGAGGCUGUCGCUGCUGGAUCGCGGUGUGGGCUUCGCCAUCGCGCACGUGCGAGGCGGCGGCGAGAUGGGGCGGCGCUGGUACGAGGCCGGCAAGUACCUGGCCAAGCGCAACACCUUCGGCGACUUCAUCGCCUGCGCGGAGCACCUCGUGUCCGCAGGGUACACCCGCGCCGACCGCCUCUGCAUCGAGGGGCGGUCCGCGGGCGGGCUGACCAUGGGCGCCGUGCUCAACGCGCGCCCAGACCUCUUCCACGCCGCCAUCCUGGGCGUGCCCUUCGUGGACUGCCUGACCACCAUGCUGGACGCCUCCAUCCCCCUCACCGUCAUCGAGCGGGAGGAGUGGGGCGACCCGCGGGAACCGGCCUACUACGACUACAUGAAGUCCUACAGCCCAGCGGACAACGUGGCCGCCGCCGACUAUCCGCACAUCCUGGUCACCGCAGGGCUGCACGAUCCCCGCGUCGGCUACUGGGAGCCGGCCAAGUUUGUGGCCGCGCUGCGCGCGGCGCGCACCAACCCACGCAAGCUCCUGCUGUUCAAGUGCGACAUGGGGGCGGGGCACUUCAGCCAGUCGGGGCGGUUUGACCGCCUGAGGGAGCGCGCGGUGGAGAUCGCGUUUUUGCUGAAGGCCUGCGGCCUCCUGGACGCCCGCAUUUGA